UAGAGGAAUCGUUUACGCACGAGCCAAUACAGGCACAAGGCGACGGUUGAGAUUUUCUGAUCUCCUUUUGCGCCAUGGAGAACUCCAGUCUGCCGGGUGGAAGUGCGCAAAGUGCUGGUUCGGUGGACUUUAUUACUUUAAAGCAAGUGGAUUCUCCGGAGGAGGGUGUCAUGAAGGGAUUAGGAGCGGUCGGUCGUGCCGUGUUUCUCCAAGGCAGCGGUUACAGGACUGUAGCCGAGUUUAUGGCCGUUCUCCCGACGGAAACCUCUCACCUGAUGCCUGCCUUCUGGGACUCCCCGCUCAGUCACGGCAUCAAUGUGUUCGUCGGACUGGUACUUUGCUUCACUAUGUUGGGGCUGGGCUGCACGGUGGAGGUCAGCCAGCUCGGAGAACAUAUCCGCCGACCCAUCGGGGUGCUCCUGGCUCUGGUGUGUCAGUUUGUUAUCAUGCCACUAGUGGCUUUUCUUUUGGCGCUAGCCUUUUCUUUGGAUGAUGUGGCGGCGAUGGCCGUGCUCCUCUGUGGCUGCUGUCCUGGAGGAAACUUGUCAAAUAUUAUGUCUCUGCUUGUGCACGGAGAGAUGAAUCUAAGCAUCAUCAUGACCAUAUCCUCCACUCUGCUGGCGCUCGUUUUGAUGCCGCUCUGCCUCUGGAUCUACAGUCGAGCCUGGAUCAACACCCCUGUGGUUAACCUCCUGCCCUUUGGGGCCAUCAUACUGACACUUUGCAGCACCCUCAUCCCCAUUGGGUUUGGAGUUAUGCUUAGGUACCGCUACACGCGAGUGGCGGAUAUUGUUUUAAAGGCUUCUCUGUGGUCUUUGUUGUUCACCCUGGUGUUACUCUUCAUCCUUACUGGAGCAAUGCUGGGGCCAGAGCUGCUCUCCACCAUCCCGCCUUCUGUCUACGUGGUGGCUGUGCUGAUGCCUCUGUGCGGUUACGCUGCAGGUUACGGGCUGGCAGUGCUUUUUGACUUGCCCCCCAACAGUCGCAGGGCUGUGUCUCUGGAGACGGGCUGCCAGAAUGUGCAGCUGUGUACGGCUAUCCUGAAGCUGGCCUUCCCUCCUCAGCUGAUGGGGGGGAUGUACAUGUUUCCCCUGCUCUACGCCCUGUUCCAAGCAACCGAGGCUGGGAUUUUCAUCCUGGCCUACAGGAUGUACAGGAAGGAGGUCCUGCAUAAACCAGAUCCCAUGGUGGACGGUGAGGACACGGACAUAAAUUAUCAAAGGUUUGAAGACGAGGACUUUGAACCGUCAUAUGGUGCGGUGACAGUGAGCGACCCAAACACUAUCAUGCUGGAUCCUUGUCCUCCUGAUCCAACUCCAGUUUAAUCUGCAUAAAAAUAAUAAAAUAAAAAAAACAAAAAUCGCUGCUCCCCUAUGGAGGACCAAAACUGCCAAAUUGAAAAAAGAAAAAAAAAAGAAAAAACAUAUAUAUAUGACUCAGUAACACAAUUAAUAGACAUUAAAUUAUUACUUAAACACAGAAAUGAAUAAAGCUAUAAUAUAAACACUUGUUUUUAUUGUUUUCAACAUGUCACUUGGUAUUAUAGUUAUCCCACUUUAUUACUUUCAUUCAUUUUGACUUUUAUUUUACAUUUAUUUAAUGAUUCUUUUUAUUAUUUAUCUAUUAUUUGACUGUAUUUUUAGCCAAGUGGGAACUCCUAGGACUGAAAAAUGAAGCAAAUGCAAAGGUAAUAAAACCUUCAUCUAAUACUGGUCCUUUAAAGACCACGUGAGGUUGGCUCCAAGCAGACAUUAUAAAAGAUGGAUCUAGCUACCGUGACAUCACUUGUUGGUUUCUGAAGUCCAAUUUUGAAGCCUGGGGAUGUGGUUUCUGCAAUCGCCAGCUUAGUUGCAAAAAUCCACAUAUGAAGAGAUAACGGUCUGACUGUGAAAAUGGAUGCUCAUUGGCUAACGCUCACUGACUUGUAGCUACAUACCACAGAUAUCCUUCCAUUCUGCUUUGCUUAUAAAACAGACCUUGGUUUUUAUUUUUAGCAUGACCCGAAAUGAGUGAUUGAGACCAUAAACUCAGCAGGAAAAUCAGAAAAUAAUUUUCCCACAGAACUCUAUAGAAUUAAAUGACUUUUCGAAACCACAGCUAUUGCCAUCUGGUGGUCUUCAAGUAGGAUACAGAUAUUUUGGCACUUCUGCAUUGGCUUUAUUGUUAGACCCAAAGGUUACGUCCAUCUUUGAUACAUGUGUAUGAUUUAAAUUGGUUGAUUGAAAUUCGGGUGUUUUAUUCAUUUCUUGCUUAAGAUUAGCAGGGAUGUGCACCUUUAGCU